GGGCAUCUAGCCUCAGGCCCCCUACCCCUCUCUGCCAGACCCAAACUACCUCAGACCAGGAGGGGCCUACUAGAUUUUUUAUUUUUCCAAGGGAGGGGAGUGUUCUUUGCAUCCGGCAUAGCUCCUCUGGUGAUUGAAUUAAGACGAAUAAUCCUCUCUAUUCCCACUACUAAAUUUAUUAGAGAGGCGCCCCUACUAGUGAAGCCUCCCUUUUCAGAAGUAUUUUCUUUUCCAGUCUUUAAAACUACAUUAUAAGCCUCAUAGACUAACACGUGCAAGUCUCGGCGUCAGUAGCUCGCUUUCUUGUCUCCAGAAGGAUUUCUUUUGCCCCUUUCCUUCCUCUAGAUCUCAGUGCCCGGGACCAAAGAGAUAUGCUUACUUGGGGUUUUUCUCGAAGCUGUGAACUAGGGUCAGGCUGACUCGUAUCCUAUACAACUCAUGAGUGAUACAGGAAUAGUAUUUUUUUUCUCCUUUUAAACUCUCAUUCUUAAUCUUAAUUCCGGGCCUUUUAGCAAAAAUGUGUGUGCGGUCUUCUCUGCUUGUUUAUGGAAUGGUUUCCGGUGAAUGUUAGACAGCAACUAAAUAAUUAAAAGGUUUUGAGAGCGCGCGGUGAGCUGGAUGAGAUGCUGGCAGCUUGAUUGGCCCAGGAGAGAUGAGUUGGUCAAAGAGUGAAAGUAAAAGAAUCGAUAUUCUAAGACUAGGUCGUCCUCGUAAACGUGAGACCAAGGGGUGCAGGAUAAACUCGGGAGGGAGACUUAUAUAAAAAGAGGUAUCUUCAUAGUUUGUAUUUAGAAAUUCAGCCUUGAUUUCAGACAAAGAUCAGAUGUAAAAGAUGAGAUAUCAGGAGAAGUUCCAAACGCAAGCCCGCAGGGCACAUUUCCAAGUAAAUUUUGUCUUCUUCGAGGGUUGUACUGUAAAAAGAACGCACCUCCCCCUUCACCGCGUUCCACUGGCUUCAAGGUAGACACUGAUGCCUUUUCUCCACAGCAGAAUAGGAGUUAUUUGGAACUUUUAAGAAAGGGCUUGUCGGGAAUCGAAGUUUUGAAUCGGUGGGAGAUAUUUUGGGGUAAAGAAACAAAGAGGGAAUGAUGCCUUCAAUUCCAGUAACUCUCCAAGUGACGCUCUCUGCCUUGAAGGGUGCAAUGGGAACACCUUCUCUUACACUGCCCUGGGGUGCACCCGAAGUCUCUUUCGGACCUUGGUCAUCCGGGCUGUGUUUUCUGGACCCAGGCUGCAGAAACCUCAACGCCACUAGGGGAUGCAGUGACUCAAAGGACGGAACAGGGCCGCAGAGGUUGGAGCCCGUGGGGCGGGGCGAUUGCGGCCCGGCCGUGGUAUCUCCCGAUGAUUGGUCCUUACAAUGGUCCCGCCUUCGUCCGCUCCGCCCCCUCCACUGGGCGUCUUCCAGUCUCUCCCCUGGUGUCAGCUUGCUGCCCACCUACCAGACUCGGGCCCAGAGACCCACUCUGUCCAGGGAAGUUGCCGUUGGAUUCCACCCCGGAGGUCAGGGUUGGGGACUAUGGAGGGAACCGUUUUCCUCGGGUGAAAGCAGAAUUAAGUAGGACCCCGAGCUGGGCGAAGGAAAAAGUUAGGCCACCCCAGCAAAGAUCAAGUUAGUUGUACACGGUACUUCGGGGACCAGUGAGCUCAGGUCUCGCCAACCCAGCUUUCUGUGCAUCACGUUAUCACUAAGUCCAAAGCACACAUUGAUUAUAUCAUUAGGUCUGGAAGGACAGCUGCAACAGCGGACGCUGUUCGUGCCGGAGAGGUUUGGGAGAGCAAGCCGAGAUCAUAACAAAUAACGCGGGCGUCCGAAUCAAAGCCCAGGUCCUUUGAGCGAUUCAGCCUCCUCCCUGGAGACUGGUUCGGGAGGCAAAUCUUCAGUUACUUCGCCGUGAAACUUUUCUGAUCAGUUUUUACAAGCGUACAGCCCCUAAGCUGAUAUAAACUAAAAAGGUGUUCUACCUUGAAUCCUAAUUUAAAAGUUUGCUCAUUUUUUUUUAAACUGUCGAAAAGAAAAGUCUGCUCAUGGAAAUUAGCUUUAUGAAUGGGGCGGCCGGGUUUCACUCGUACGGAAUAAUCUACUGAGCCCGAAUGAACCGGCUUUGCUACAUUUAAAGGGCCAGAGAGCGAAUUCCCUCCUGCCUGUCCCCUCUGCCCCAAGCCCCGGCCGGCCUCGCCCACCCUGCCCGCGGCCCCUCUGCCCUAGGCGGCCCUUGGCGGCGCCCCUUUCCGGUCAGUAGAGGGGCGGGAGGAGGGGUAGCGGUGUGCGGGGUGGGGGGGGGGAUGGGAUGGGGGUGGAAGUGAAGUCCUGGAGCGGGUUUGGGUUGCAGUUUCCUUGUGCUGGGGAUCGUGUCCCCUCCUGCCAGCGCCAGGCUCCUCCCCCUCGGCGCGGAUGACACUAGAACCUCCUUAAGUUGCGUCGCGCCACAGCUGUCUGCGAACACUGAGCUGCCUGGCGCCGUCUUGAUAGUUUCAGAAAGAAUGCAUUCCCUGUAAAAAAAAAAAAAUACUGAGAGAGGGAGAGGAAACCAGAGAGAGAGAGAGAGAGAGAGACUGAGAGAGAGAGACUGAGAGAGAGAGAGACAUAGAGAGCUACGCAAUCUGACCGGGCAGGUCACACGUCUCCUCCUCCUCCUCUCCGCUCCUUGCUACCCAGGUGAUCAGAGGAGCAACCGUCUCUGAGCGCCAAGGAACCAGUGUGCACUGUGGCCACACUUGGAUUCGUCUCUCUUUCUCGCUCCUUUUUUUUUUUUUUUUUUUUUGCCCCUUUAUUCCUCCGUGUUUGCUUUUUUUUUUUUUGGAGGGGGUCUCCCUCUUUCUUCAUUCUUUCCCUUUUCUUUCUUUCUUUCCUUCUUUUGCUAAGCUAUCCCGCAAAGAAUUUUCUUUCCUCCCUAAACCCUCUCCUUUGCUCACCUUUUCUAUCCACUUCACUACAAACAAACCUUUAAGCGACUCCCUCUCCUGGGCCUCCGACGGCAGGACUCCGCGGACCUCCCAGGCCGACAGCCCUCCCUCUACCCGCGAGGGUUCCGGGCCCGGCGAGAGGGCGCGAGCACAGCCCGGGACAUGGAGGUGACUACGGACCAGCCGCGCUGGGUGAGCCACCAUCACCCGGCGGUCCUCAACGGGCAGCACCCAGACACGCACCACCCGGGCCUCGGCCAUUCGUACAUGGACCCGGCACAGUACCCCCUGACGGAAGAGGUGGACGUACUUUUUAACAUCGAUGGUCAAGGCAACCACGUCCCGUCCUACUACGGAAACUCGGUCAGGGCUACGGUGCAGAGGUAUCCUCCGACCCACCACGGGAGCCAGGUAUGCCGCCCGCCUCUGCUGCACGGAUCUCUGCCCUGGCUGGAUGGCGGCAAAGCCCUGAGCAGCCACCACACCGCCUCGCCCUGGAACCUCAGCCCCUUCUCCAAGACGUCCAUCCACCACGGCUCCCCGGGGCCUCUGUCCGUCUACCCUCCGGCUUCAUCCUCUUCUCUGGCUGCGGGCCACUCCAGUCCGCAUCUCUUCACCUUCCCGCCCACCCCUCCGAAGGACGUCUCCCCAGACCCGUCGCUGUCCACCCCGGGAUCCGCCGGGUCGGCCAGGCAAGAUGAGAAAGAGUGCCUCAAGUAUCAGGUGCAGCUGCCCGAUAGCAUGAAGCUGGAGACGUCUCAUUCCCGAGGCAGCAUGACCACCCUGGGAGGGGCCUCGUCUUCAGCCCACCACCCCAUUACCACCUAUCCGCCCUAUGUGCCCGAGUACAGCUCCGGACUCUUCCCUCCCAGCAGCCUACUGGGAGGAUCCCCUACCGGGUUCGGAUGUAAGUCGAGGCCCAAGGCACGAUCCAGCACAGGCAGGGAGUGUGUGAACUGCGGGGCAACCUCUACCCCACUGUGGCGGCGAGAUGGUACUGGGCACUACCUUUGCAACGCCUGCGGACUCUACCAUAAAAUGAAUGGGCAGAACCGGCCCCUUAUCAAGCCCAAGCGAAGGCUGUCAGCAGCGAGGAGAGCAGGGACUUCCUGUGCGAACUGUCAGACCACCACCACCACCCUCUGGAGGAGGAACGCUAACGGAGACCCCGUCUGCAAUGCCUGUGGGCUGUACUACAAACUCCACAAUAUUAACAGACCCCUGACUAUGAAGAAGGAGGGCAUCCAGACCCGAAACCGUAAGAUGUCUAGCAAAUCGAAAAAGUGCAAAAAGGUGCAUGAUGCGCUGGAGGACUUCCCCAAGAGCAGCUCCUUCAACCCGGCUGCUCUCUCCAGACACAUGUCGUCCCUGAGCCACAUCUCCCCGUUCAGCCACUCCAGCCACAUGCUGACCACACCGACGCCCAUGCACCCGCCCUCCGGCCUCUCCUUCGGACCUCACCAUCCAUCCAGCAUGGUCACCGCCAUGGGUUAGAGAGGCAGAGCCCUGCUCCACGUGCGUGAGGACUCUCCGAGUCUGUGGAGAGGUCCUCCGACCCCCUUCUACUUGCGUUUUCGCAGGAGCAGUAUCAUGAAGCCCGAAAAGCGACAGAUCUCUGUUUGUGAAGGCAGAAAGCAAAAUGUUCGCUUCUUUUUCAAAGGAGCUCCCGGUGGUGUCUGCGUUCCAACCACUGAAUCCGGAUCCCAUUUGUGAAUAAGCCAUUCAAUUGACUCAUAUUUCCCUAUUUAACAGGGUCUCUAGUGCUGUGAAAAAAAAUAUUGCUGAACAUUGCAUAUAACUUAUAUUGUAAGAAAUACUGUACAUUCGAGGAAGACUUUAUUGUACCUGAAUAGCUGUAAGAAAGGCAUGUAAGACGCCAAGAAUUUUAAGGGAUAGAGGGAGAAUAAAGUAUGGAGAUACAGAAGAAACUAAGUCUGAUGUCCAAAUGGGCACGCUAUCAGUUUUCUUUCCCUUUAGUUGUUCGAUGCAUUUAAAAAAAAAAAAAAGAAAAAAGAAAAAAAAAAGGGGGGGGGCGAGAAAAAAAGAAAUUAAAAAAAAAAGGAAAGAAAAGAAAGAAAAAUCCAAGAAAAAAAAAAAGGUUGUAGGCAAAUCAUUUGUUUCAGGCUGUGAGCCUUUGCAAAAGGAAUUUCAGAUGUGGGCAAUCAGUGUGUCAGCUCCACCAGUCACUCAUGAGGAUUUGAGAAUGUCCCGUCUAGGCCUACACGCUCUGUGAAUCAGUCCCUGUAACUGUUGUUUGUAUGUAUAAUUCAGAGAAGCACCAAAAUAAGAAAAGAUGUAGAUUUAUUUCAUCAUAUUAUACAGACUGAAUUGUUGUAUAAAUUUAUUUACUGCUAGAGUUAGGACCUGCUUUUUUUUUUUUUUUUUUUGGUGGUUUUUGUUUUAAAUUUUUUCUUUUUUUUUUCUUUUUUCUCUCUGGAUUUUUGGUUGCAUAAACUAGCUCGCUUUCAGUUGACCCAAGGUGGAUGUACUCUCUGGAGGGUUUAUUUUCCCUUUUAUUAUUAUUUUUUGAUGGUAUUUAUUAAAUAGCUUCUAUGGGCCCAGCGGUACCUGUCUUUUUCGUCACUUCUCUUGCAGCCUAAGCUAUGAAGGUAGCAGUGUAUCAGCUACCGACGUGCAUGUCAGCGACCCGGCCACUCCCAGACCUGGUCCUGAGAGCCACCUGGCUGACUGUUAGCCCCUGUGUGUUCUGUAUUUGUGAUCUCUGCCUUUAAACCGUCUAUUGGAAUAAUACUAUAAAAAUAAAAAUAAAGUUAAAGUAUUUUAAAACAACAAA